AUGCCGCUGUGGACAUGCGAUUUCGACGGAUGUGGAAAACCGGCUGUACAUCGAGGUGGAUGCUGCUUGCUGUGCGACAGACAUCUUUGUGGCACUCAUCUCAGGGGGCCAUGGCAUGAUUGCCCAGAGCCGGAUUCCGACUGGGAUAUGUUCGCCUAUAAAUACUCAGCAGCGGAAGCUCGCCAUAUAGAAGAGCUUUGCCAUCGGAUAGAUGUAGCCAAGUUGCGUUCCCGCGCAUCGAUGCUUAGAGACGGUGUUCCGUGCACCAUAGAAUUGUCACGCAAAACGAUGUCCGCGAUGAUGGGGAACCAAAACUGUCACACGGAAAUCCACUUUCAGGACGGAGUUACCUGGCUCGCACGCUUUCACAUUACCAAGACAACGUCGCCUCCACAGGAAGUCCGGGAUUUCAUUCUACGAAGCGAAGCGGCUACAAUGACCUACCUCAAACGGCACACUCGUAUACCUGUACCCGAAGUUUUCGACUGGGCUUGUGAAUCUGACCCUGCGAGCCAAAUUGGAGCUGGCUAUAUUCUAAUGGGGAGGCUUGACGGUCUCCCUCUAGACUGGAGGGCAGUAACUUCAGCACAAAAAGAAAAGAUCAUGCAACAGCUAGCAGACGUGUUCCUUGAGAUCGAAAAGCAUCCUUUUAGGCUGAUGGGAUCUUUGACUCCAUCUAAUGACGAUGCUUCUGGGUUUGAUUUGCGCGGCCUUGCACAACCUGCGACAUAUCGGCUUGGUGCCGAAGGGCCCCUCGGCCCCUUCUCGUCCUCACUAGCGGGGUCUCGUGCUAUAGUUGAGCGCUAUCUAAAAAUGAUAGCAAGCGGUGAAAUAGCUUCUUGUCAUCAUUUGGACGUAUAUCUGGCGCAUCGAUUACGCUUGGAUCUAGUUGAUAGCCUUUGGGAAGAUGCUUCAUCAAAGAACCAAUUUUACUUAAAACAUCCGGAUGACAAGGGCGACCAUAUUUUGAUUAAUGAAAACUUCGACAUUGUUGGAAUUAUAGACUGGGAGUGGACAAGUACGGCUUCACCAGAGGAGGCAUUUUCCUCUCCGUUGAUGAUGUGGCCGGUAGCUGCGUUCUACGAAGGGUCUAACACGUUGUCUCCCGACGAAUUGCGGUUUUUUGAGAUCCUCCGAGAACGGGGUAGAAAAGACAUUGCCAAUCACCUGGUGAAUGGUCGUAGGAUCCAGAGGUUCAACUUCGCUAUGGGCCCUGAGAGUCCUUCAGACAAACCAGUUUUCGAUCAGCUCUUUCUAGGUCUCAGAGAAGCAUUCGGUUACGGAGAUGAAGAAUGGAAUCAAUGGAAAGCUAAAGUACUUGAAGACUGGACGGAGGAAAAUCUACCUCGUGAUUGGGUGGAUGAUAAAGAGGACGAAGCUUGA